GAGCACCCGACCCCGCGCUUGAUUCGCUUGUUUGGCGCCGCCCCUCUCCCCUACAAGCUUCCCUCGAUUCCUCCUCAUCCACUCCUCGAGCGGCUCCGCUAGACCCGCGCCCGGAUCUCCUCCUCCCCGUUCGUCCUGCUCGCCAGGAGCCCGAGUCCUUUGGGUUUCCCCUCGCCCUUGCCAUCCAGCACUGGAGCCGCCCUGCAGCUUCGUUCACUGCGAUGUUCGUCCGCCGUGCCGCCAUGUUGCAGCGCCACCGGCUUCGACCUUCGCCUCCCCCACUACAAGAAACCUGUUAAUCCAUGACGGAUUUUCGGUGAUAAUUUCAAAAUCGUCAUGAAUAGCCUAGUACAGCACCGCAAGCCCGCCAAAAGCCUGCCAUAAGCCCUAAACCUUUCUCCGUAUAAAGCCUAACCCUAAGACACACCCGUCCCUUAUCUCUUUUCUCCGUCCGCCACCACCACACACCGCAUCUCCUCGCCCCCGUCCUCCACCACCACGCAUCUCCUCGUCCCCGUCCUCCUCCUCCACGCCUCCUAUCUUCUCCACCCCGUCCUUCGCCUCCACCUCCCCGCCUCCAACCGAUGAGGGCAGCCAAGAUCCAUGGCAACGGCGGCUAAAGCGGCCCGAUGGAAGCGGAAGCCAACCAUAGCCGAUGUGGCGAGCAGCUGCUGCUCGCAAGAAACGACCAGGGCCAUGGAUCUACCGCAGGGGCCUUCUACUCCGUCUCCCAGGCCGCGCAGCUGCCUCGCCAUCCGGAGAUUCGGAUAAGCCAGCGCGGGACGAGGAAAGGACGACCACCGUGACUUGUAGGAGGCACAACCUCGACCUUGCUUGGGACGAAGACGCCCCACACAAGAUCAGAAGGAGCUCUCGUCUCUCCAGUUCCAUGGACGGUGACGACCGGCACCCCACGCUCGAGCUCGACAGCGAGAUCGUCCGCCCCGACCACCAUGAUUCCCCACACAACAAGGUAUGAUUGCAUAGUGGGCUACUUGGUGCUUCCAAUAACAAUUAGCAUGACAUGAUGCAUAGUGUCCAUCAGGAGGGCCGACGACAAGAUGAAUAAUAACUUUAGUAGUUUAAUUGUUCUCUUUGUGUGAGCUGGAUUGUACUAUUUUCUAACUUUGUUGGGUGAUAUUUUGUCAACCUAUAUUGUAAAAUUACCAUUUCCCGAAGGAUUUUGUAAACUUCUAUAUUGUAAAUACAUGUGGAUGAUUGCAUAUUGAUUCAUAUAUGUAUGUAUGAAA